UUGAAGACGACGUGGCUUUCUAGUGAAGGAGAGCCAAAACCCUAAACGUCUCCUUCCUCUUCUCUCGUGCCCACCAGGCCACCCUUCAGUGUCUCAGUCUCGUCACUCUCUCACUAAGCUUAAGCUCUCUCAUCUCUCUCGCUAUCGCUCUCGCACUCAAGCUCUCUCGUCUCCGGUCUCUGUCUUGCACCGUCUCGCAGUCAGCGCGCGCCUUCCCUGCGCUCGCCGGCGCUCUUUGUCUCGUCACUGUCUCGCAAUCAGUCGCGCACCUUCCCUGCGCUCGUCGUAGCCGGCGGCAGAAGCAGCACGUCCCGGGGCUGGUCGUCGUUGUCGUCUUCUUGCUUCGAUCCUCACCGUCAGCUUCCUCCUCGACGUCAGCAGCUGGUCCCCGAUUUGGGAAAAAGGGAUCAUGGUGGGAUUCAAGAACCGAUUUAUGGUGAUGGAGGUUUUUCUAAACCCUAAUAGAGAAUAUUUAGGGGGCACCCCUCUGAUAAUUACACAGUUUAAUGUCACAAAAGCUAUAAAAGACAGCAUCCUUGUAAAUUUUGGGGUGUGUGGUUUGGCUACAGCAAUGGCAUCAUUUGAUAUCAAGUAUGUAAAUCCAAUCACUAAUUUGUGUAUAAUUAGAGCUGCAACGGAGGACUAUGAAAAAGUAUGGUCUGCCAUUACAAUGGUUAAAAAUAUUGCACAUGUGCCUGUCAUAUUUAACUUGCUGGAUAUAACUGGAAGUAAAAGGUCAUGCCAAUCUCUGGCCUUGAAAUGUGAGGAAUCAAAGUUUGAGCAAUACAAACUAACGGUUGGUGAUCAACUCAAACCUGAUGAACCUAAACGUAUGUCAAGCUUUCUUGAUCGGAUCAAAGCAUCAAAGUUUUAGGGCACUGAAUAUUUUGACCACAAUAGUAUUCCUUAUUGUUCCUUGUGAUUGUUUGUGUUUUUGUGUUCAAUCACAAUAUUGGUCUAAACUUCUAGAUGAAAGUUCUAAUAUCUCAAAUCUAUGCAGAACUGUCAAUUUUCCUUAAGAGUUAAGAGUGUAUUAUGUGAUAUCUAAUUACUUACUUCAGCCUUGAGAGGAGAGGUUGAGAAAAUGAUUAAACACUGCAAUUUUGUUUUGUCUUACAUUUUCAAA